AUGGUAGAUUGGAGAGUGACACCGCUGGUAGAAUUUCUUGGGAGGGAUUGGAACUUGGUUGAUAUAGUAACUUCGAUCAUUGUUAUAUCUAUCCACUGCCUUGCUCUUUUAGCACCAUCUCAGUUCACAUGGGAUGCAUUUUGGCUGUUCGUGGUGCUCUAUUUUCUUACAAGUCUAGGUAUUACUUUAGGUUACCAUAGGAAUCUUGCUCACCGGAGCUUAAAGCUUCGAAAAGAGCUUGAAUACUUUUUCGCCUAUUGCGGUGUUCUCACACUUCAGGGAAGUCCGGUGGAAUGGGUUAGCACACACAGGUACCACCACCAAUAUACAGAUACAGAUAAAGACCCUCAUAGCCCCAUUAAGGGACUGUGGUUUAGUCAUAUUGGUUGGAUCUUCAAUCACCGUUUGAGGUUUGAAAGAUAUGAAAAAAGACUAAAGAAUGCUGAUGAUUUGAAAAGGCAGCCGUAUUAUAGAUUCAUCCAUCGUACUUACGUUCUUCACCCAGUUGGUUUUGGAGUUCUGUUGUAUGCUUUAGGAGGACUACCCUAUUUGGUUUGGGGAACGGGUGUGAGGACAGUAGUUGGUUUACAUGUGACUUUUUCUGUAAAUUCGGUUGGUCACAUAUGGGGUAAGCGAGUAUGGGACACCGGUGAUUUGUCUAGAAACAACUGGUUGUUGGCAUUGCCUACACUUGGAGAAGGGUGGCACAAUAAUCACCACGCCUUUGAUUACUCAGCUCGACAAGGCCUCGAAUGGUGGGAGAUUGAUCUGACAUGGUACUUCAUCAGAUUGUUGGAAGCUGCAGGUUUGGCAACCGAUGUUAGAACCCCAACUGAGACACAGAAGAAACGAAAACCUCUAUACAACAAAACCAUAGAGCAAAAAUCUGAAUAA